GAGAAAAUACACAAAAAUCAUCACUAAAGUUUGUAGAAAAUGGUGAGAAUCACUGUUGAAUUAGUACGGAAAAAAGCUGAGCAUCACGACUGCCUGCUGGCUCCAUUAGAAGAAAUUGCACUCCAUCAAGAAAAUAUCGAGAAAAUUGAAUUUCUACAAGAUUGGUGCCCCAAAUUAAAAAUACUGCUAAUGCAGAGCAAUCUCAUAGCAAAAAUAGAAAACUUGAACAAACUAAAGAAUCUUGUUUACCUUAACUUAGCUUUGAACAACAUCGAGGUCAUAGAAAACCUAGAACGAUGCGAAUCGCUGCGUAAGUUAGACCUUACACUGAAUUUUAUUGGUGAUAUUGUGAGCGUUGAAACACUUAUCGGUAACUACAGUCUUGAAAGUUUAUAUUUAACUGGCAACCCUUGCACCGAUUACGAUAACUACAAGAACUUCGUAAUCGGAACCCUACCCCAGCUAACCAGCUUGGACGGCAAAGAUAUUGAAAGAUCCGAGAGGAUCAUGGCCUUACAAAACCUUCCCUUCAUACGCUCUGAUAUAGUGUUCGAACAAGAAAAUUAUCGUCAACAGCGUAGAAAACAAAAAUCUCGAUUGGAAAAAACUAUCAAAGACAAAUGGGAAAAUGAAUAUAAAGACAUGGACCCGGAGGAAAGAAACAAAAAAUUCUGGGCCGAAAAAUGUGAACAUGCUCCAGAAGUUCGUUACGAAAUUGAAAAAAUGCGUAAGCUGAAACUAAAGAGCUACGAAACGGAAACAAAACAAGAAGAAAAACGAACUUACAAACUAUUCGCUCCAGACGGUAGACCGUUCAAUAUAAACCAAGCAAAGAUCAAUUUUGUUUUCGACGACUCUGGCCCAAGCUAUGUCUUGGAUUUAGCAGUUUACAAACACUUAGAUACUAGUUUACUCGAUGUUGAUGUCCAAGCUAAUUACGUGAGAGUCACUAUAAAGAACAAAAUAUUCCAAAUUCAACUUCCACAAGAAGUGGACAUCACUAAUUCUUCAGCUCAACGAUCUGAAAUCACUGGGCAUUUGGUAAUAACAAUGCCAAAAAGUAACGCUUGCAUUAUAAGUAGACCGAAAAAAAAGGAAACUGCCGAAAAAGUCCAAGCGAAGUCCAAAUCGAAAGUAACUGAAUACCUGCGAUCCGGUCAGACUAAAAGAGAAUUUCUUGAAAUUGGACCAGCUGACGAUGUUUUAGAUUUCACAAACAUGACCCGACCGAAGUCGACACCGGCUGCCAUUGAUCCAAGAUUGUAUGCAAGUGAAAAGAAGCCAUCAGCCGAUUUUGUUGACAAUCCUGAAGUACCACAUCUCAUUUAAGCUAUUGAUGCAAGAAU